AUGGCAGGCAGUUAUAACAGAGAAAUGUGGUGCACAUGGAUGCAAUGUUCAUGAAGACGGUGGGUUGGCUCCAAACAUAUCGAGCUUUAAAGAAGCUCUUGACCUUAUUGAGGAGGCUGUAGGCAGAACAGGAUACAACGAGAAAAUUAAAAUCGUUAUUGAUGUUGCUGCUACUCAGUUUUGCAUAGGCACGAAGUAUGAUUUGGAUUUUAAAACUCCAAAUAAAUCCGGACAAAAUUUUAAGUCAGGGGAGAAUAUGGUUGAGUUGUACAACGAACUCUGUACAGAGUAUCCAAUUGUAUCAAUUGAAGAUCCAUUUGACAAAGAAGACUGGGAACAUAUAAAGAACUUUUCUGGCCUUGGAAUAUGCCAGGUAGUUGGAGAUGAUUUAUUAAUGUCAAAUCCUAAACGUAUUGAGAGGGCCAUACAGGAAAAUACGUGCAAUGCCCUUCUUCUAAAGAUUAAUCAGAUUAGGACUGUAACUGAAGCUAUUGAAGUAGCGAAGAUGGCUAAGGAUGCCCAUUGUGGAGUGAUGAUAUCCCAAUGGAGUGGUGAAACAGAGGACACAUUCAUAGCUGAUUUAUCCGUUGUCCUUGCGAUAGGUCAGAUUAAAGCAGGAGCACCUUGCCGUGGAGAGCGACUGGCUAAGUACAACCAGGACAGAGAGAGGGAAAGCAUAUUUAUAGUGUACAUCUUAAAAACUUAUAAGCACCAAUGAUGAUUAGGGUAUUUUUGGUAUAUUAAAUGUGUUGGUGUAACACAAAGCAAUAUAUUGUUGUACCCUAUGCUUUUAGUCUUGUUCCUGUAUUACCUCCGUUAAAGUCCAAGCGGCGAGUCCCGUCAUUGUAUAUAUUCAGCCGUUGGUUUAUUGAUCAAACUUUAUUCC